UGCGUGCGUGCGUGUGUGUGUGUUCCUUCCUCGUUCGUCGUCCAUAGGGGCUUCUUCGGGUCCUGUUAAACUGAUGAUCCCCACUCCAGCCCCCGAAAUUACGAAUCCACGCCAAUAUUCCGAAAAGGAACGCCCGCCGAUAGGGGGCGGUAAUACCCCGAUAAGUUAAUGAUUGAACGCCAAUAAAAAAGAAGAAGAAGAAGAGGGUUCUGACAGUCAAAGGUUGAACGCCAUUCAUUGAGGCUACCGGUUCCCGGUUAAAAGAUCCAAAAGUAGAAUGGUGAAGAUAUUCGUGGGGAACCUCCCGCGGGAGGCGGACCAGGAGGAGAUCGAGGCCCUCUUCAAAGAGCAUGGCACCGUCACCGAGUGCUCCAUUAUCAAGAACUUCGCCUUUGUCCACAUGGAUGACCGCAAGGCGGCCGUCAAGGCCAUCAAGACCCUGCAUCUGCACAAGCUCCACGGCUCCCAGAUCAACGUGGAGGCGAGCCACGGAAAGAACCAGGGUGCCGUGAAGCUGCACGUGGCCAACGUGGACAAGGGUGAUGACGGGGAGCUCCGCACGCUGUUCGAGGAGUACGGCAGUGUGUCGGAGUGUGCCGUCGUCAAGAACUUUGCGUUCGUUCACAUGUGCAACUCGGAGGAGGCCAUGGAUGCCAUUAAGGGUCUGGACAACACAGAGUUUCAAGGUAAACGUAUACACGUGCAGAUCUCCAAGAGCCGGCCAAGGCACGAGGAACAGGACGACUACCCGCCCCCACCCCAGGAGGGAGGCUACUGGCCGCCACACGGGUAUCCGGGCGACCGACACGAGCCCCCCCCACCGCCGCCCAACUACAUGAGGGGCCCACCCCAUCACCACCACCACCAUCACCAACCCCCCCACCACCACAUGCCCCCCGGCUACCCCACGCCCCCUCCCCCGCCCCCUCCCCCCCGGCGUGCGGUGUACGCCGAGCGGCCCUAUGAGCGCGAGCGCGAGGCCUACGGCGUGGUCGACUACUACGAGAAGUACCGCGCCCGCCCCUACGGCAUGCCGGCCGCCUACGACGACCGCCGCCCCGGCCCCGUGCCCCCUCCUCCCCCCUCGAUCGCCGUCCGUGAGCGCAUCCUCACGGCGCCGCUCGACCCGUACGAUCGCCGCGCCCUGCCCCCGCCACCGUCCUCGUACUACCCCCGAGAGCGCAGCCCCCUCCGCCGGGCGCCGCCCCUCCCCAUGCCCCCCGCCGGUAACGGCUACGGCUACGAGCGCUCCCGCCUCUCCCCCUCUAGGCAGCCGCCGCCGUACGGGGUGGUGCACCGCCCCCGGGACCCCUAUGCUGAGCGGUUGCCUCCGCCACCGCCGGCACGCUACGCUUAUUAGCUCCUCCGCCCCCACGCCCCCUCCUCCCAGCGUGCACGUCAAGGAUCGUUCCGCUCGCCAGAUGCUCUCGGCGCUCUUCGUUUCCCCGGCGACGGUGGAGCGCGUUUCGUUCCCCGCUCUCAGGAGGAACCGUCGUCCUCGUCUCCUUUAUGGAUUAUAUUUCAUUUGUAAUUUUAAUUAUAACAUUCUGGAGCAGAUCUCAUAUUUUUAAUCUCGAUUCUAUCUUUGUCACUGUGCUGUAGUCGUUUUAACAGUCUAUGGCUAUAGGUCGUUUUUUAUUUUGUAAUUUUGUAAAAAUUACGUUAAUUAGUGUUCUACUAUUGUGUGUGUGCCAUGGGAAGCUUUUUUAAAAGCGUCACUUGUUUUGGAGGUUCUAUUUGGUAUCGAACGUACGCACUGGGUCCAUCUGCUGGGCCAUCCCGUUCCAACGGCGUAUAACAGCUUGGUAAACUUCUGCUGUGACUUAAAUAUCACAUCGUCUGUAAAGAAAGAAUACCGAAAUGCGAUUUUUAAAGAAAAAUGUCGCCUCCUUUGUUGGAAAUGGUUUUCAAUAAAGGCCUCAUACCGUGAUCCCGAUGUUCUUGAUACUUCAGUCGCACGUUUCUUUAUAAUAUAUUCGUCGACUAACGUCGCUCCCUGCAUAAAAUGUCUGAUCGCCAUUAAACCCUGUAUACCGACCAACUGUCCCAUUAAAGGGUCCCGCUCCCACCACCAGGUAUGACGUUGGUCAGCCACUUCAGGGCGAAAUGUACCCUAGUGAGUGACGUCACACGUGGGCGUGUCCACGGUCAGAUUGUUUGGUGGGUAGGUCAGCAUAACCAGUUAGUAUGGCCCACUGGGUGUUGCUGAUCCAUCCCUCAUACGUCUGGGUGGUUGGUCUCAUGUGUGACGUCACACUGGGGUUGAUUUAAAGGGGGGGGGAGGGCUUUUAAACGUCAUACUUGCUGGUAGAAUGGGACCCCUUUUUUGCCGGCAGUGAGAAGCCUCGAUCACAACCGGCUAACCGCCAACCUCGUUUCCACGUAGCCUAUUCGUCAUCCUCCCCAUCACUCUCAAGUGGGCUUGGAACCGAUCCUAGUCCGGCUGUACUCCAGCUCUUAGGUCCUCCUAGUGUUUUAAUUUAUACCGCGUUCAUGUGGGGCACGGUGGUGGAGCUCUUUCUUUUAACCCCAGGUGAGUACAUGCAAGAACCCCAGGAUACAGGUAAUGAGAGUGCUGAAGGUUUUCACAGUGACUUGUUUUAAAGGAGAACCAGACACCAACACUGCACAUGUUAUGCGUUCCAGAUGACUCCGUCUAGAAGGUAAUGGCUUGCUGUUGCAUGCAUUGUCGCUCAUUGGCUGCGUUGGUUACCUGCUGAGUAAGCAUUGAUGCGACACAGCUCUCUUUAGGACUUUUAGGAAACUACACUUUAGGAAACGGAACGGGGGAACCUAAGAAGGGAAAAAUAACUAAUUUUCCAGGUGGUGACCAGGUGUUUGGUUCUCUUUUUAAAUGCGUUUGAUAAAUAGUGGAUGUAGAACCUGCAGCCUAUAGCCUUUCACUGGCACAAUCACUAACCGUUUCCUGCUCAUUUUUUAACGCACUAUUUUGAAUUGGAUUUAAAUUGACAAUUUAUUUUGAACAUUUUGUUCAAAAGAGUUUAUUAACCCAGUGAAAUGCUCCCAGUGGCAUUCUUCAUGAAACUACAUAUUGAGCUCAGGCUAGUCUCAAGUUAAAGCUUUAUUUUCAAUCCUCUCAAUGUCACCCCUGAAAAUGAUCACUAAGAUGGAUAGAAAUUGUAUGGAUUGACUUGCCAAUCCUAGAUAUUGGUGUCAGGUAUUUACAUUGAUCAUAUUCGCUGAUGCAUAUUCCAUAUUUUAGCCUGGUCUCACACCAAUGCAGAUGGUAAGCUGGUGAAAAGAUGGGCAAUAUGAAAACGGCGUGUCUAAAUUUGUCUAACCUCUGAACCAUUAGCAGGACAGUACUUACAAGAAGGCCUACUCAUUUUGUAGAUCUUCAAGAACCUGCAAUGUUUCUUCUCAAUUGCGUCAACAUUUUGUAAAAUGAACUGCCAAUAAAACAAGUUUUUCUUUUA